AUGCUAUUCUCAGCUCAGAUUCUACCCUAUGGACUUUUUGUAGGCUUUCUGGCCCUCACCCUUGCAGUCGGUGCCACUCAAUAUGAUUGCCGAUGCUUUCCAAGGGAUGAAUGCUGGCCUUCACCAUUGCUUUGGAGCGCUUUCAAUACAUCAAUUGAUGGACGUCUUAUUGAAACUAACCCAUUGGCUUCAUCUUGCCACGCACCAUCCUAUAAUGCACAAGAAUGUUCCAAAUUAAAAGAAGAUUGGCUUUUGCCCGACCAGCAAGCAAGUUAUGAUUCUUCAUCAUCGAUCAUGGCCCCGUUCUUCACGAACGGGACAUGUGACCCAUACCAUCCAGUUUCGAAGAAAUGUACUUUGGGCAACUUGAUUCAUUAUGCAGUCAAUGUCUCACGACCGGAGCAUGUAUCUAAGACGUUGAAAUUUGCUACCACGCACAAUAUUAGACUGGUUGUUCGAAAUACCGGACAUGACUACAAUGGGAAGUCCACAGGCGCCGGUGCUUUAGGCUUGUGGAUGCAGAACAUCAAAGGAAUUGAGUUCAAGGAUUAUCAUGACAUGCACUACACAGGCAAAGUCGCCAAAUUCGGCGCAGGUGUUCAAGGCACAGAAGCCUAUACUGCAGCCACUGCUCAGGGACUAGAAAUAGUCGGCGGAGAAUGCGCGAGCGUCGGCAUUGCUGGUGGAUACAGUCAAGGAGGAGGCCACUCUGCUCUUUCUUCUCGCCAUGGACUUGCAGCCGAUCAAGUCAUCGAAUGGGAGGUGAUCGAUGGUACAGGUCGAUUCCUUGUCGCCAGCCGCGAGCAAAAUAGGGAUCUUUACUGGGCAUUGAGUGGUGGUGGAGGAGGGACCUAUGGUGUUGUUUGGUCUAUGACUUCGAAAGCAUACACGAGUACUCCAGCAUCGGGCUUAAACCUCACUUUCACGAGUGAGGGGGUUUCCAAAGAUACUUACUACGAGGCUGCCAAACUUUACUACUCCAUGCUUCCGGGGAUAGUUGACAUGGGUAUCAUGAGCCUUGCAUACCUCACUAAUACCUCCUUCUCCAUUGCUCCCAUGACAGGCCCGAAUAUCUCAGCGAAGGACUUGGAGUCUCUGGUUCAACCAUUCCGCAACAGGCUCGAUAAUAUGGCAAUCAACUAUACUUUCUAUGCCGGCCAAUUCGAUUCUUAUCUGGAUGAGUUCGAAAAUAUGAUGAAAGAUGCGCAUAUCGGUACCGCCCAAUAUGGCAGCUGGCUCAUUCCUCGAUCGGUUGUCCAAAACAAGAAUGAUGAUCUUAUCGAAGCAGCUCGAUAUAUUGCUGAAGAUGGCGCGAAGUUUGCAACCUUCGCGCUCAAUGUUUCUCACAAAGUCAGCGGCAAUGUUUAUAACUCUGUUCUGCCCGCAUGGCGUGAAGCAAUCUUCCACGGAAAAGUCUCAACGACAUGGGAGUUCAACCAACCCGACAAGAUGCGUGAUGUACAGGAGAAGAUGACUACUGAUUAUGUCCCUCGGUUGCAAAAGCUAGCCCCCGAGUCUGGGGCUUAUUUAAAUGAGGCCGACUUUCGCCAGCCGGAUUUUCAAAAAUCAUUUUAUGGGACAAAUUAUAAUGCGCUCCGUCAGGUGAAGGCGAAAUAUGACCCCCACGAUGUGUUCUAUGGCUUGACUGCCGUUGGAUCUGAUGAUUGGACUGUGUCGGAUAAUGGGCGGAUGUGUCGAGUAAAUGGUGUUAAAUCUUUAUAG